CGUUUUUGCCGACUCGACCCAAGAUGGUGUACCUCUCCAAGCGCCUCGGCCUCGAGCUGCGCACGUGGCCGGAGCUCAAGGAGCACCUGCUCUUUGAGCUCAAGCUCGCGCUCUGCGACUGGAAGGUGCUGCUCUACGGCGUGCUUUGGCAAUACCUGCACAGUAUUUUGCACAACUUGGCGUACUGGAUCCAGUCGCGCUUGACGCCCGAACAGCGCACGCCGCUGUACGACGUCGGUUUCAACCUCUUGCCCGAAUUCACCGAGUCGCAGGCCAAGAUUUCCGAAAUUCUCGUGUUUGGCUGCAUCUUUGGCCCGUCGAUUGUGCUCAUUGCGUCGAUCCCGUUCAUCAAGCCCAAAGAGAAUGGCAACGUCCGCUACGUCGCCGUCAUCGUUAAGCGCUUCCUCUUCCACACGGCCAUGUGCCUCCUCUUUCGCUGCUGCUCGUUCUUGGUGACGGCGCUUCCGGGCGCUGCGCCGCACUGCCGCCCGCUCUUCAACCAGACGUGCUUGGAUGCGAACCCGAUCAACCCGCUCUCGUGCGAAGUACCCAACCCGGAUUUCCAGCCGCCGACGACCACGUCCUACUACUUUUUCCACAUUGACGUCCUCAACGGCUGCGGCGACCUCAUGUUUAGCUCGCACACGAUGUACACCAUGUCGUUCAUUCUGACGCUCUUCAAGUACUGGAAGAGCACGGCGCUGCUGGCCUUUAUGCUCUGCAUUCAAAUCGCAAUCGCCUUUUGCAUCGUCGCCGCCCGCAAGCACUAUACGCUGGAUGUCAUCUCCGCGCUGUACGUUGUGCCCAUGGUGUGGUUCCUCCAAGACGCGUACUUUGCCGACAUCAACCACAAGGACCAAGGCGUCACGCCUCGGAACAUCCAGAAAUUCUACAACAUGCCCAUGCCCGCGGAGGACGCGGCGCGCAUGAACGCCAACGCGCUCGAAGACGGCACGGACGAGCGGCUCUCGAGCCUCUCGCCCUCCGAGGCCCUCACGGCGCAGUACAACACCACGUCCGACGACCCGAGCAAGGUGUCGCCCGUCGUCUGAGUAGUAGACACCAAUCUAAUCUGAAUGAGACCGCCUCAUAUUUAGCCUUGUCA